GCGGAGAAAAAAAGGAUAAGAAACUGCAUAGGAAGGAGGUCCCACUUUUGCCGAGCACGACAUGGAGAGAAAGUGAUAUAUUUUCUUUCAGUCUCAUUGUAAAGCACGGGAGUUUGCUGUUGGUCGGGAACGCGAAGGACUGCAAGCGAAUUAAUCUGAGCCGUGUCAGGAUCCACGACGAAAAGUUUUCACAGGAAACUAAACAUUGCCGUGAAGUUGCGCGCGGAAACUCUAUUGGUUUACACACAGAGAGAAGCUGGGGAAACAGAGGCGGCUCUGUUAGACGGAUUUUUAAUGAAAUACACCAGCUGUCUGCCACACGCCUGCCACCCCUAUACAUCUCGAGUUAGAUGCGCUUGACUUUAAGAUGCGGAGCGACCCCAUACUGUUCGCCUCGAGGGCGAUGGAGGAGUUGUUGGCAGAGUUGCGGGUCUUUCUGGAACUGUUGGACAGAGAAUAUUUAACAGCUGGUGUAAGGGAAAAGAAACAGCAGAUUUUAAACAUCCUGCACAGAGUUUUGGCCACUAAAGAGCCCUUAUGUAAGACAGAGAUACACACCUCUCUCCCGGCCCCUCCUCAGAUGCCCCUGCCAGAGAUUCCUCACCCCUGGAUGCCUCCAGACAAUGGUCCUCCUCCCUUGCCUAGCUCCUCUCUUCCAGAAGGUUAUUAUGAGGAAGCCGUACCUCUGGGCCCUGGGAAAGCCCCAGAGUACAUCACAUCAAAUUAUGACUCGGAUGCGAUGAGCAGCUCAUACGAGUCAUAUGAUGAGGAAGAGGAGGAUGGGAAGGGACAGAAGAUGCGCCACCAGUGGCCAUCAGAGGAGGCCUCAAUGCACUUGGUGAAGGAUGCACGAAUCUGUGCCUUCCUUUUGCGAAAGAAACGCUUUGGACAGUGGACCAAACUGCUCUGUGUCAUAAAGGACAACAAACUGUUGUGCUAUAAGUCCUCGAAAGACCAGACUCCACAGAUGGAGCUCCUUUUGUCUGGAUGCAGUAUCACACACAUUCCCAAAGAUGGCAAGAAGAAGAAGCAUGAACUGAAGAUUGUCCAUCAAGGCGCUGAUGCGCUGGUGCUGGCCGUCCAGAGCAAAGAACAGGCCGAAGAGUGGCUUAAAGUGAUGAGGGAGGUCUGCAUUAAUGGAAACGGAGUGCUGGACUUUGACCGAUCUGGUUCCCCUGUUCACAAAACAGAGCUUGAGAAGAAACUGUCCUGUGAUAGACCUAGUUCAGAUGGAGAGCCCUGCCAUGAGAAUGGCAUUUCAGAUGGCAAAGAUCAAGCCAAAGGCAAAAAGAGCUCUAAAUCAGAGCAGAAAGGCACCGUGGGGCGGGUAACUGGAAAGAAAAUCACUAAAAUCAUCAGCCUGGGCAAGAAAAAGCCUUCCACUGAUGAACAGACAUCAUCGGCAGAAGAAGAUGUCCCAACAUGUGGCUAUCUGAAUGUGCUAUCCAAUAAUCGCUGGAGAGAACGCUGGUGCCAGCUGAAAGACAACCAGCUGUUGCUGCACAAGGACAGGGCAGAUCUGAAGACGCACAUGGCAUCUCUGCCUCUGCGGGGCUGUGAGGUCAUUCCAGGGCUGGACUCCAAACAUCCCUUCGCCUUCCGUCUGCUACGCAACGGACAGGAGGUGGCCGUUCUGGAGGCAUCCUCCUCUGAGAGUAUGGGGAGGUGGUUGGGGGUGUUGCUGGCAGAAACAGGCUCCACGACUGAUCCUGCUGCAUUACACUACGAUUACAUUGACGUGGAAACCACUGCUAAUGUCAUUCAGCUGGCCAAGCAGUCAUUUUGUUUCACCAGCAAGCGUGCAGUUUCACCAAACCCAUACCUGGAUAACCCGGUCAAUGGUUAUGCCUGCCCAUCAGGUGUUGCUCUGCAUUAUGAUGAUGUACCCUGCAUCAAUGGAACGGCACCAGGUGUGCUGUAUUCCUCCCCAACUUCAAGGGAUCACCUCUGGAAGGAGGAGGCUCAUUAUGAGAAUACAGAUCUUUACGAAAACAUGCCCUCCCCCAAACUAGCCUCUCGCUACUCACCCAAAUCUAACCGCCCAUCAGCUUCGGGGCAUUACAACACACCAACCUCCACCAAAUCUCUGCCCUCUUCCUCAGCUGCUAAAACUAACACUAAUCAGCUGAAAGGAAAGAAAUCCCUGACCACCAAUGGGAUAGCCGCGAAGCAGAAACUGGACAAGAACCAGCCCAAAAAAGCCAACGGAACCAGCGGCACUCUUCCAGUAAAACGCAACAAUUCUAGUGUGGAUCAGUACAAGUAUGGGAAAAACAGAGUUGAGGCAGAUGCCAAGAAGCUUCAAUCGAAAGAGGAGGAGUUGAUGAAGAGGAAACAGGAAAUUCGAAACCGCUUGACCCAGUUGAAGAAAGACAGAAAAGACCUCCGUACCGCUAUAGAAAACAACACAGGUAAGCGAGCUCAGGCCUCUCUGACAGAGAGACUUAAGAAAGUGGAAGAGGAAUGCAAAGUGAAAGAGGAGGAGCGAGUGAAUCUGGAGCUGGAGCUGACGGAGGUGAAGGAAAGUCUGAAGAAAGCCCUGAACGGAGGUGUAACUUUGGGCUUGACCAUUGAACCCAAAACGGGCAGCUCCAGCCCACAGUCUCCAGUGUUAUUAAGGAGGAUGUUGGACAACUCGCCCAUGUCCAGCUGUGACACCAGCGACACUGAGACCUGCUCUCUACCCAUCAACAGCGCCUCUCUGCUGCGCAGACAGACGCAACAGAAAGCCUCACCUGUGCGAGGACACGUCCUCAAGAAAGCCAAGGAAUGGGAGAUGAAAUCUGGCACAUAAGUUUAUUACCAACUUUUCUUUAAUUAUAUCUAUUUAUUUAAUUUUGUCCAUAUCGGAACGAUUUUGAAGUGGAAUUGACUGAACCAUAGACACAUCAUCUUUCAGAAAAGAAAUUCAGUUCUGCAGAAGUUUGACUGAGUCCAGUUAACCAAGUUACCUUCUAUUUUACUAUUGUUAUUCAAGCAUCAUGCCUGAAUAAUGAUGAUUUUCAAUAGUAAACCACAUUAAUACAUAGAUUUUUUAUUAUGUUGUAAAGCAUAUGCUUUGUGUCUCAGAUUAUGGUCCAUAACUGCAAACUAUAUACUGUAAGUGCAUGUUAUAUCAUGUAUAGACAUUCACUGGUCUCAGUCGGGAAUCACUUGCGUCUAAAAGCUUUCGAGAAGCCAUCAAUGGAAGACAAAAUCUCCAAGUAUUUAUUUGUAAAUGUUUAAGUAAAUAUAAGCCUCUCUGUGUUUGUUUUUGUCUAUAUUUAGUAUUGCCCUUAAUUUAGCUUCAUGCUAUUAAUAGAGAGCAGCUUCUAUUGGGAAUGGGAUAAAUGUAAAUUACAAUUUCAAAGUUCGUUCUUUAAAGAAAAAGUGUAAUCGGUAUGAAAGUGUUUUACAAGCCUUUCCUCCUUAUUGGUUCCUGGCCCGUUACUUUCAAUUCGAUGAUCUGUCCAGACAUUUGGCUGGAGCAGUUUCUAUGGUAACAACAGCCCAUAGGGAACAAGGCGGCUUAGGCCAGGGUGUGGCCCUCUAUUGGCUGGCUCAUUUGGAAACUGGGCCUGAAAAUACUCCUUUGCUUUCACUUAAAGUGAUAGUUCACCCAAAAAUGAAAAUUCUGUCAUCAUUUACUCACCCUGUAUGCACACAAUUUAUUUUUGAUAAAUAAUGGUAAGCACACAGUAGAAGGUACCCAUCGACUUCCAUAGCAUUUGUUUUGCAAUAGGGACCAUCAACUAUGUGCUUAUUUAUCAUAAUCUUCUUGUGUGAUUAACAGAAUAAAGAAACACAUACAGGCUUAGAACAACAUGACCGUAAGUGAAUGAUGACAGCAUUUUUAUUUUUGGGUGAACUGUCUCUUUAACUUCCCCCAACACACACUGCAGUCAUGCUUAUGUAGCCACUGCAAUGGAAACAGUCUUGUGUGUGUGUGUGUGUGUGUGUGUGUGUGUGUGUGUGUGUUUGUGUACCUGGUAAUUAUCACAUUGUGGGGACCAAUUGUCCCCAGAAAUAUAGGAAUACCAGUGUUUUUGUGACCUUGUGGGGACAUUUUGAUGUCCCCAUGAGGAAACAAGCUAAUAAAUCAAACAGAAUGAUGUUUCUUAAAAAUCUAAGUUAUCAGAAAGGUUUCUGUGAUGCUUGGGGUUAGGGAAUGGGGCAGGUAAGGUGAAUAGAAUAUACAGUUUGUAUGGUAUAAAAUGCAUUACGUCUAUGGAAUGUCCCCACAAAACAUGGAAACCAGAAUGUGUGUGUGUACGUGUGUGUGUGUGUGUGUGUGUGUGUGUGUACUUGUGUGAAUGUAUUCAUCCUCAUCUGAACACUGCAAUACAUCAAUACACUGACAGUUAUACUGUAUAUGUACUGUAUGGUAAAACAAAAACAUCUGUAUGUGAAAUUGCAUUACAAUUUUUCAGACUGAAUUUUUUAGCUUUUCAUAUGCAGGUGUAAGCGCGUGUUUACUUCAAAGUACCGAAUGUUUGGUUUAACAAAAGAAUGUCUGGCAGAGAUCUUGAAAGUCAAAAUGUUUGUCUCACUUUUAUAUCAAGAUGGUGCUUUUAAGCAAUGCUUAAACUGUUAACUCCUAAUUCAACAAAAUUUUGGAGGUUUGGUGCUUAUAUAGAUGUGUGUGUGACAUAUUCAUGUGCAUACAGUAUCACAUUUAUAACUUCUUGUUUAUUGCACAGUGAAGCUUAGCUUUUGACGUGAUGCAUCUUAUGCUAUAAGAAGCCUCCUGCCAUUUUUUAGACACAUUUUUCUAUUCUUUUCUAUCUGGACCCAUAACUUUUAUGUGACAGUAUUUGUCCAGUUAUUUUGUAAAAUGCUGCACUGGAUAAUAAAAGCUUGUAUCAGUGCAUUUGACUGAAAAGAGACUAUGAAAUAUGUUUGUCUCCAACUCAAAGUAGAUGUGAUUCUUUAAUAGAUCUGUACAACUGCUAACUCUUUGGACAGUGAUGUUGAGUUAUUGUUUUGAAACAGUAAAAUAUUUUAAGUUCAAGCUGUUUUCUGUGUCGCUGCAGAAAUAAGGGUCAUAUGUUACGGAAUGUGAACAAUUUCGCUUUAUAGGUCAUUUUGCUUUGAGGGUGGGAGAUGGUGGAUGGAAGGGCUUUUAAAAACACUAUUGUUUGUUUUGCACCUUAUGAAUAAUACCGUUUUAUUUUGCUCUCGACUGUUGUCAACUUGGCAACUAAAGGACUGUACAUAAAAAUAAUUAAACUGCUUUUGAAGAUUA